AUGGCUCCCACCAGACCCCUGAGCAAAGGAAACACAGGGACAUUCCUGCAAUCCAUAUGCUUUACGAGCAUCACCUUCCUGGCUUUACAAGCAGGAUUCCAAAUCACCUUCACCUACGUCCCACGAGACGUGGACAAUAUUUGGGAAAAAGUACUUCACCACAUAGGAAUUGUACGACUGAGCGAGGUGGGUGGCUGGAAUACAGUGCGGCUCCUGGCUCCAGACUUGGGGAUGUUCCUUGCAGGGGUUGUGAUAUACAGGCUGUGCAAGAAGCUGGUGAGACCCAGGGAACCCUUCACAGCUCAUGACAACGACAACAUGCAGCCUGACGACGAGGAGAUGGAUACAGAGGAAAGUGUUGAGGAGACAGAGGAGUCGACCUACAGCACCACAGAGGAGACAAAAGAGCCCGAAAACAGAAGACCAAAGUUUAUCCUGAAGAUCCUUACCUUCCUAGGAGGACUUCAGUUAUUACUGGGAGAGAUCCUUAACUCAGCUGGGAAGGUUGUGGUGACGAUUCUGCUUGGAUUAGCAGGUAUAACGGUGCCCUCGCUGACGUCUGGAUUGUACUUCUUCACCUUCCUGGCCGUGGUGUCAUGGUGGUCCUGCUGCAGGACCAUCAGCUUGGUGCUGUUCAGCAGCCUAUGUGUCAUGAUGGCUAUCUUCAGCAUGGGGCACCUGGUGGGGCUCUACCUGUACCAGCUGCAGCUCUUCCAGGACCUCGUGCCUCCUCACGACAUCUACGCCAGGUUGUUUGGAAUGACGGCGCUCAUCCAGACGAACGCCUCCGAACCCUCCAGGCUGCAGCUGCACGCUGGGGUGACCUGGCCCGUGUUUCUGAACCCCCUGGUGUUGCUGGUUCUGUAUUUCACCCUUGUCGCUCUGCUCCAGAAGUGGGUCUACAUCACUGAGGAGGUCACCCUGCCAAAGUGUGACAGCAAACACACCAACGGAGCCCACAAUCUGGGCAGGAUGAUGUGGACUUCGGGGAACGACAUGAAAAAAGUAACCAAUGUCAAGAAGUGUUUUGCCUUUGGAGAGGACAGACUUCUUGCUAGCAUGGAUGAGGAGAUAAACUCACAUGAGCAGGUGACAUAUGUGCCGAAUGGUAACUGUCAGGACUCGGCUGGGCUGAGGUCAGUUCCCCCGUUGAAUAACCAAGAGCAACAUGCUGGCGGCUUCACCCCUCCCAUAUACCUGAGCACAGGUAAGAGUGCUGCUGGUGGCUUCACCCCUCCCAUAUACCUGAGCACAGGUAAGAGUGCUGCUGGUGGCUUCACCCCUCCCAUAUACCUGAGCACAGGUAAGAGUGCUGCUGGCAGCUUCACCUCUCCCAUAUACCUGAGCACAGAGGAGGAUGCAAAUGAGGAGGAUGAGGAUAAAGAGGAGAGCUCUGAGGGCGACGCAGAGACUCCCUGGAGCCACACGACUGAGUCCAGAGGGCUGGUGGCAUUCACUCAGUUCAUCAUGAAGCAGAGCUAUGUCAGCGCGCUGAUCGUCAUGAUGACCUGGAGCAUCACCUACAACAGCUGGCUCACCUUGAUGCUGCUGAUCUGGUCCUGCGUGAUCUGGACGCUGCGAGACCGCCGGCGUUAUGCCUUGCUCAGCUCCCCGUUCCUGGUGCUCUACGGCAACGUGCUGGUCAUCUGCAACUUCUUCACCGGGCUGAUGCUGAGUCAGGACGAGCUGUUCCCAGGGAUCCCGGACCCCGUGCUCCAGGACUUGGACCUGAAGCUGUAAUGGGGGGGGGACACACGUGUCACUUACAACUUUACCUUCUGUUUGUUGCUACGGCAACACCUGACCGAAAAGAAGGCGCUGGAGACUCUGAGGGAGGAGCCACUGGUUGAGGUGAAAGUGUCAGAGGCAGGGCAGGAUGAGAGCAGGUUGGCUGUGAUGGAGGUCCUGGGCUCACUGAUCAAAGGGAUGCUGGUCAAGUACUGGAUUUACUUCUGCUGCUCCAUGUUCUUCGUUGUCAGCUUCUCCGGGAAAGUGGUGGUCUACAAAAUCCUCUACAUCAUGCUAUUCCUCUUCUGCACAGCCCUGUAUCAGGUGCGCUAUGACCUGUGGCGACGGGUGCUGAAGUAUUUCUGGAUCGUUGUGGUGGCCUAUUCCAUGGUCGUUCUGAUCGUCAUCUACAUUUACCAGUUUAAAACAAUCUCCGGGCUCUUCCGACAGACCAUUGGCAUGUCUGAGGAGGGGUUGAGGGAUCUGGGUCUGGAGCAGUAUGACACAGUAGAGCUAUUUGCCCGGAUCCUGCUGCCCUCCUCCUUCCUGCUCGCCUGCAUUCUCCAACUGCACUACUUCAACAACGACUUCCUGAUGCUGACCGACCUGAGCAGCAUCCCCGUCAGGGAGGGGCCCUCCCGUGAAGACAAAAUCAAAGUGAAAGUGUGUGUGAUCGCAACAAGGUUUGGGGCAGAACAGCUGAGUGGCCGGAGUGAAGAUACUCUGGACCGGGUCGGUCUGUCUGAGCUGGACAGGCCGGGGGAUGCCAGCGGAGAGGCACAAGACUUACACGCUUCCUCUGUUUCUGAAGAGGGCGUUCUCACCAAGUGGGGGCAGGUGGUGGACAGGGUGACCCUGCUGGUGCUGAAGGCUUUGAGGAUGCUGCACAGAGCACAGGUGACGGUGUGGAGACUCCUGGAGCUGCACAUCAUCAAGAUCAUCUCCACCGCCAUCAUCUGGAUCACGCUUACAGAGGUCUCCUUGAUGAAUUACCUCUUCAUGGUCUUGUGGACGUUCGCCUUGCCCUUCCCGAGGCUCCGUCCCCUGGCAUCCAGCAUCUCCACAGUGUGGGCCUGUGUCAUGAUUGUCUGUAAGAUGAUGUACCAGCUGAAGUUCCUCCGGCCGCACGAGUACUCCUCGAACUGCACCGCAAAGCUGCUGCCUGUGAACUGGAGCCACACUCAAACAAACCUGGAGGAGCUGCUGAGGGAGUCUGUGCUGUACAUGGCGCCUGUGGACCCUGCCGAAUGGUGUGGGGGGCUGAGGAAGUGCGCAGAGAGCAGCCUGCCCUGCCUACGGAAUCACCUCGCCAUCCUGGCUCUGCUGGCAUUCGAGGUGACCGUGCACCGCCACCAGCUCUACUACCAGCUCCACAACGCUCUGAAACAGUCCGAAACGAAUACCCUGUUUGAGGGCAUCACUCGGCAGCACCUGGACGACGGGAUGGUCAGCUGCAUGAAAUACUUCAUCAACUACUUCUUCUACAAGUUUGGACUGGAGGUGUGCUCCGUGGUGGCAGUGAACGUGAUUGGACAGCGGAUGGAUUUCUAUGCCAUGCUCCACUCCUUCGCCCUGAUCGCCGUGCUCUCCAGACGCAGGAGGAAGUCCAUCGCUGAGAUCUGGCCCAAAUACUGCUGCUUCACUGCUAGUCUCAUGACCUUCCAGUACCUGCUGUGCAUCGGCAUCCCUCCUGCACUCUGCAGAGAUUACCCCUGGAGGACCGGCAGUACACCACUGAACUCCAAUCUGAUUAAAUGGCUCUACCUGCCAGACUUCGCCAGGAGGCCAAACCCCGUCUUUUUAAUAUAUGACCACAUGCUGCUGCUGUGCGCCUCUCUGCAGUGGCAGGUCUUCGAGGACGAGAACACAGCAGCCGUGCGCCUUCUGGCCGGUGACAACGUGGAGAUCAGCCGCAGCCUGGACCCCCGGACCCUCAGCCAGUACAUCCCCGUCCCAGACUUCAUACACUGCAGAUCUUAUCUUGACAUCGUCAAGAUGUUCGUGUUCAGCUACUUCUUCUGGUUUGUGCUCAGCCUGAUCUUCAUCACGGGCACCACACGGAUCAACAUCUUCUGCAUGGGCUACCUGAUCUCCUGCUUCUACUUCAUGCUUUUCGGAGGAAGCCUGCUGCUCAAGCCGGUCCGACACAUCCUGAAGCUGUGGGAUCUUCUCAUCGGUUACACGGUCCUGGUCAUCACCAUGAAGAACAUCCUGUCUCUGGGAGCCUGUGCCUAUCUGCACAGCUUGCUGAAGAACAGCUGCUGGUUCAUUCAGACGUUCAGUAUGGUCUGCACUAUAAAAGAGUAUGAUGUCCCCUCCCCCGAUGAUGAUUGUGAGCUCCCAGAGGGCGAGGCAGGGAUCAUCUGGGACGCUAUCUGCUUCACCUUCCUCCUGGCCCAGAGGAGGGUCUUCGUCAGCUACUACUUCCUUUACAUAGUGGCUGAUCUGAAGACCUCCAAGAUCCUAGCUUCCAGGGGUGCCGAGCUGUUUGAAGCCAAGGUGAAGAAGGGGAUUGCAGCGAGGCUGGAGCUGGAGAAGAAAUCCAUGCAAUUGCUGAAGAAACAGAUGGAGAAGAUUAAAAUGAAACAGAGGAAGACUCAGGACGGGAAAGCCAUCGCUCCAGCACAGGGGGUCCUGCCAGAGCUGGAGGAAGAAGCUCAACAAGAGAGGGAGUCGCAGACUCAGGGUGACGGUGAAAAGAGGAACCAGAGUGAAAAGAAGAAAUGGUGGCAGCCAUGGGUGAACCACACCUCCAUGAUCCGCAGUGGCAGCUACUACCUCUUUGAGAGUGACAGCGAGGAUGAUGAAGAUGAACAGGAAGAGAAGGAGGAAGAAGCCCCCAAAAAGAAAACAAGCUUGCAGUUGGCUUACGAAGCCUGGUCCACCAGCUCGAAAGCUGCUCUGAAGGUCAGGAAAGAAGAAGAGGCGGCUCUGAGGAAUGAGCAGAAGAAGAAAGCAAAACUGGAGAGGCAGCGGCAACAAGGCAUGGAGUCGGCAGAGUUAAGUGAAGAUGAGCUCAAUCAAACCACUGAGGAUGACGAGGUCGUGGAAGAGGAAGAGAAUGUGAUCCAGCGUAUCAUAGACACAGUGAAGUUUGCCUGGGUCUUCAUUCUGUCUCUCACUGAUGACCUGAUUGAAGGGCUGAACUCCUUCUGUAAAGACUACCUGGACAUCGCCAAAGUGUUACGAUUUGAGCGUGCCAUGCUGGGGCAACAACUGAAAAAAGGGAAACUGGCAUCACAGGACACUGUCCAGGAGUUUUACAGGGCCAGGUUAUCGCAGCAGGCAACUCUAGAGUCACCUGCUCAGGAGGAAAAGGUGACCCCCUCACCGUCUUCUUGGGGUUACCAGAAAGUGGUCAGCUCCGACUCAAAGCUCUCCUGGGGAAGCAGUUUGUCCAGCUGCCUUACGGAAGUAAUCACCCUCGACUCACGGCAGCCCCCCCCGGAUGACCUGGAGGAGCCCUCUGCCCCUCCUGUUUCGCCCCCACCCAGGGCCAGCGACCACCUCUGCAGAAAGCUCCUCAAGACCGCGAACUUCGACAUGUCUUCCAUUGACAGCGAGAGCGUGCUUUUAUGUGGCCACACAGGAAUGAUUGCAGAGGACGAGGAUGACGAGGAGGACGCAGAGAGGCUUCAGGACCGGAUCAAGUUUCAGGAUCCCUUCCCUGCCUCGUUCGAUGGGCUGGGACCAUGCCCAGUGCUUGGGGAGACCCUGGACGAGAUCGACAUGGAGGGGCCCAGGCCGCUCACGCAGGAGACACGCACCCUGACCGCCAGCGAGCUGCUGCUCAACAAGGUGUUCCAGGAUGAAGUGAUGGAGCAGUCGGAAAGGUUCUUCCAGGACCUGCCUCGGCCGCUCAGGGUGUUCCUCGCCCUCUACAACACUAUGGUGUGCAAGUCCGAGAUGCUGAGCUACUUUGUCAUCAUCCUGAACCACAUGGUGUCGGCCUGCAUCCUGUCACUGGUGCUGCCCAUCCUCAUCUUCCUCUGGGCCAUGCUGUCUGUGCCCCGCCCCACCAAGCGCUUCUGGAUGACAGCCAUUAUCUACACUGAGAUCAUCGUGUUUGUGAAGUACCUCUUUCAGUUCGGGUUCUUCCCCUGGACCACCACCGCCUACAGAGGGAUCAACGCGGACCGGCCCUUCGCUCUCCCGAACAUUGUCGGGGUGGAGAAGAAGGACGGCUACGUGCUGUUUGAUCUGGUGCAGCUGCUCGCCUUGUUCUUCCACAGGUCCAUUCUGAAGUGUCACGGCCUGUGGGACAAUAAGGAGGUUGACAUGCCAGACUUUCUCAAAAAGUUAAAGCGGAAGAAAGAGAAGAGACGAGAGCCUGCCAAGGAUGAAGACAAGUACAGAGACGGCACUUCACCCUUCGUCUACCUCCAGGGCUCCAGAGGACUGGGCUUCAGGAGGCGUAAGAGAGAGGGAGACCACACAGAGGGGACCGAGCCUCCCAAAAGAAAAAAAUCUCUGAAAAACAGACACACAACCAGAAAGGGAAUAAUCAAGGAAAAGAUCAAGGAGAAGAUGCUGGAGGCUAAAUCCAAGUCUAUAGAAAUAGCGCUCCAGGUCUACCUGCCGGUACGACAGUUCUUCUAUGACAUCAUCCACCCUGAAUACAGCCCGGUGUGCGACGUCUACGCCCUCAUGUUCCUUGUUGAUGUCAUUAACUUCAUUAUCAUCAUUUUCGGAUACUGGGCGUUUGGGAAGUACGGCGCGGCGGCAGACAUCACAGAGUCCCUGUCAGAGGACCAGGUCCCCGAAGCCUUCCUGGUCAUGCUACUCAUCCAGUUUGGGACCAUGAUAGUGGACCGGGCUCUGUACCUGCGCAAGACUCUGCUCGGGAAGUGCGUCUUCCAGGUGGUGCUGGUCUUCGGGAUCCACUUCUGGAUGUUCUUCAUCUUGCCGGGGGUCACAGAGAGGAGGUUCAACCAGAACCAAGUGGCCCAGCUCUGGUACUUUGUCAAGUGUGUGUAUUUUGGCCUCUCUGCCUACCAGAUCAAAUGUGGCUACCCAAACCGGGUCCUUGGCAACUUCCUGACCAAGAGUUACAACUACCUGAACCUGUUCCUCUUUCAGGGAUUCCGCAUGGUCCCCUUCCUCACGGAGCUGCGAGCUGUCAUGGACUGGGUGUGGACGGACACAACGCUCAGUCUGUCCAGCUGGAUCUGUGUGGAGGACAUCUACGCCAACAUCUUCAUUCUCAGGUGCUGGAGAGAGUCUGAGAAGAAAUACCCGCAGCCCUCCGGGCAGAAGAAGAAGAUGAUUGUGAAGUACGGGAUGGGUGGCCUGAUCAUCUUCUCCCUCAUCUCCAUCAUCUGGUUCCCCCUUCUCUUCAUGUCGCUGGUCAAGUCUGUGGCCGGAGUCACGAACCAGCCCUUGGACGUCUCCAUUCACCUCAGCAUUGGGGGUUAUGAGCCUUUAUUUACAAUGAGCGCCCAGCAGCAAAACCUGGCCCCUUAUUCUCAAUCUGCAUUCAACCAAAUGACCAACCUGUUUGCAACCAAUCCAUCUGCCAUGCAGUUUAUAGUGAACUACAUGCCGGAGGAUAUUGUCACUGCCAAAAUCAAAACCGACGCCAGCUUGCUGUGGAGCAUUAGCCCAGCCAGCCGAGAGGCAAUGAUUGAAGAGCUGAGCAAUUCAACUCACAUCUACAUCACCCUGCAAUGGACUAUACUCAGGAACGUCUCUCUCGUCAUGAACGCCGAGACGGUUGGGAAGCACACGGUGAAGUACGAAGACAAAGAGAUGAGGGAUCAGAUCGUUCAGAUGCUGAGAGGGACCAGGAAGGAGCCAGUGAUUAUCAAGAGUCUCUUGCCCAAAUACAUAAGAGCUCCCUCUGGCCCUGAAGCAAAGAUUAUAAAUCGUCUCUAUGUUGGUAAGCAACCUUCCAAGUCCAAAGUGGUGAAAACGAACCAGUUCUCAGUGACGAGGCACGAGAAAAGAGCCAAUGGUCUGGUGGGAGACCAGGGCCUGCCUGGGGUCUUCGUGCUGUAUGAACUGUCUCCCAUGAUGGUGAGAUUCACAGAGAGGCAGAGGUCGUUCACACAUUUUCUCACAGGUGUGUGUGCCAUCGUUGGAGGAGUGUUUACAGUGGCGGGACUCGUAGACUCUCUGAUCUACCACUCUGCGAGAGCCAUUCAGAAGAAGAUCGAACUGGGGAAAGCAUCGUAG